CUUCCACAUUUCUCCCUGCGUCGCCUUGAACAGCGGACGAUAUUCCAUCCAUGGGCGACGUUCCUUCUUUCGCAUCUCUCCCGCCUUUCCCAAAUGACAUCGAGACUGCUCCUCUCGUGACAAUCGAACUCAAGAAACUCCUCGCGAACGACGCAAACGAGGCGGCAAGGCUGUUCACAUGCGGCAAGGAGCUCGGCUUCUACUACCUCAACCUCAUGGGGUGUGAACAAGGGGAGAGGCUAUUCUACGACGCCCAACGCUUGCUCUCGCUCGAGAAGCAGUUCUUUGAUCUUCCACUCGAGGAGAAGGCACUCGCGGACCGUGACACGCUCAAGGGCGCCAACGGUUACUACGGUUACAAGGGAUACGGGAAGUCCAUCAUGGACGCUAAGGGCACACGAGACAAGCAUGAGUGCUUCAAUUUGAAGAAGGAUGAUAUCGUCGGCAACACCGAACCGCUCGAUUCGCCUCAGCUGAUCAAGGACAACAGGGACCUUUUCCGCUCCUAUGCCCUCAACGCACAGAGCAUCAUCAUAUUGAUGCUUGGGAUUUUCAAUGAUCAGCUCGGUCUUCCGGCAGGGACAUUGCAGAAUCUGCAUCGUCUCAAAGCUGAGUCCGGUGACCACGUCCGUUUCCUGACCGCCCCACCCCAACCGCCAGAGGAACGUGGUGUCAACGCAGGUGCACACACCGACUUCGGUUCCCUCACUGUCCUCUUCAACUGGCUUGGCGGACUCCAAGUUCAGCUACCCGGCACAACCAACUGGACUUAUGUUCGCCCUGUCCCUGGGUGCGCCAUCGUCAAUCUUGGCGACGCAAUGGUCAAGUUCACUGCUGGCCUGCUCCGCUCCAACAUCCACCGUGUCGUUACUCCACCAGGAAGACAGGCAGAGGAAACGCGCUAUUCGCUCGUCUACUUCAGCCGACCCGAGGACACCGUACCCCUCCAGCGGUUGAAGGGAGGCUUGAUCGAUGAGCAACCCCACACAAAUACUCCGGAAGAGGCUCUCACAAGCAAGCAAUGGAUCCUCAAGCGCGGACUGGCAAAUAAGAUGGUGGCUCUGCGUUUGUGA